GUCAUGAAAACCUACCACAUGUAUCAUGCAGAGAGCAUCAAUGCAGAAAGCAAACUGAAGGAGGCAGAGAAACAAGAAGAAAAACAGAUUGGGAGGUCAGGAGACCCCGUUUUUCAUAUUCGACUAGAAGAAAGGCACCAGAGACGGAGCUCUGUGAAAAAGAUUGAAAAAAUGAAGGAAAAACGUCAAGCAAAGUAUUCUGAAAACAAGCUGAAAUCUAUUAAGGCCCGUAAUGAAUACCUGCUCACCCUUGAAGCAACCAAUGCUUCUGUUUUCAAGUAUUAUAUUCAUGACCUUUCGGAUUUAAUUGACUGUUGUGAUCUUGGAUACCACGCUAGUCUAAACAGAGCCCUAAGAACAUACCUUUCUGCAGAGUAUAACCUUGAAACUUCCAGGCAUGAGGGCUUAGACAUCAUUGAAAAUGCAGUUGACAGCUUGGAGCCACGGAGUGACAAGCAGAGAUUCAUGGAAAUGUACCCCACCGCUUUUUGUCCACCAAUGAAAUUUGAGUUCCAGUCUCAUAUGGGUGAUGAGGUUUGUCAGGUCACUGCCCAGCAGCCUGUGCAAGCAGAGCUUAUGCUUAGGUAUCAGCAACUACAGUCGCGAUUGGCCACACUCAAAAUCGAAAAUGAGGAGGUUAAGAAAACAACAGAGGCUACCCUGCAGACAAUACAAGAUAUGGUGACCAUUGAAGACUAUGAUGUGUCAGAAUGUUUCCAGCACAGUCGCUCAACAGAGUCUGUGAAGUCAACAGUCUCUGAGACAUACCUGAGUAAGCCUAGCAUUGCAAAAAGAAGAGCUAACCAGCAGGAAACAGAGCAGUUCUAUUUCAUGAAAUUCAGAGAGUAUCUGGAAGGUAGUAAUCUCAUCACAAAACUUCAAGCAAAACAUGACUUGCUGCAGAGGACACUCGGAGAAGGUCACAGGGCUGAAUACAUGACAACAAGCCGAGGCCGAAGGAACUCUCACACGAGACAUCAGGAUUCAGGACAAGUCAUUCCACUCAUCGUGGAAAGCUGUAUCAGAUUUAUCAAUUUAUAUGGUCUUCAGCAUCAGGGAAUUUUUAGAGUGUCUGGUUCCCAGGUGGAAGUCAAUGAUAUUAAAAAUUCAUUUGAGAGAGGUGAAAAUCCUUUGGCAGAUGACCAAAGUAACCAUGACAUUAACUCAGUUGCUGGAGUACUGAAGCUCUAUUUCCGAGGGCUGGAAAAUCCUGUCUUUCCUAAGGAAAGAUUUAAUGAUCUUAUUUCUUGUAUCAGAAUAGACAAUCUCUAUGAGAGGGCUCUUCACAUCCGCAAACUCCUCCUUACUUUGCCCAGGUCGGUCCUUAUAGUGAUGAGAUACCUCUUCGCCUUCCUCAAUCACCUUUCACAGUACAGUGAUGAAAACAUGAUGGAUCCAUACAACCUGGCUAUUUGUUUUGGGCCAACCCUGAUGCCUGUUCCAGACAUACAAGACCAAGUGUCUUGUCAGGCACAUGUGAAUGAGAUAAUCAAAACUAUCAUUAUCCAUCAUGAGGCUAUUUUUCCAGAUGCUAAAGAACUUGACGGCCCAGUGUAUGAAAAAUGCAUGGCUGGAGACGACUACUGUGACAGCCCAUACAGCGAACAUGGUACAUUAGAGGAAGUGGACCAGGAUGCUAGCACAGAGCCCCACACCAGUGAAGACGAGUGUGAGCCCAUAGAAGCUAUAGCCAAGUUUGACUAUGUUGGAAGAUCUGCACGAGAACUCUCUUUCAAGAAAGGAGCUUCCCUUCUGCUCUAUCACCGAGCAUCUGAAGACUGGUGGGAAGGAAGACACAACGGAAUUGAUGGCCUUGUCCCUCACCAGUACAUAGUGGUGCAGGAUAUGGAUGAUACUUUCUCAGAUACAAUGAGCCAAAAAGCAGACAGUGAGGCCAGCAGCGGACCCAUAACCGAAGACAAGUCAUCAUCAAAGGACAUGAACUCUCCCACUGACCGUCACUCUGACGUGUAUUUAGGAAGGCAAAGAAAGAGAUCAGAACCUCCACCUCCUCUAAGACGCCCUGGCAGGAGCAGUGAUGGUCACUGCCCAGUACACCCACCCCACCCUCUCUCCAGCUCAUCUGUGGAGCUAGGUUCCCCCAACCUGGCAACUCACUGCAGUCCCAGAGCCCUUCUUCAAAAUCGGAACCUCAAUGCUGACAGCCCUGAAAGGAGACGAAGACCUGGACAUGGCAGUCUCACUAACAUCAGUAGGCAUGAUUCUCUAAAGAAGAUUGAUAGCCCUCCAAUUAGAAGAUCUACAUCAUCUGGUCAGUACACAGGUUUUAAUGACCAUAAACCACUGGACCCGGAGUCAAUAGCUCAGGACAUUGAGGAGACGAUGAACACGGCGCUGAACGAGCUCCGUGAGCUGGAGCGGCAGAGCUCGGCAAAGCAUGCCCCCGAUGUCGUGCUGGACACCUUGGAACAAGUGAAAAACACCCCCACCCCUGCCACCUCCACGGAGUCACUCAGCCCUCUCCACAGCGUUGUUUUAAGGAGCUCCGAGCCUCAGAUCCGCCGUAGCACUAGUUCUUCCAGUGACACCAUGAGUACUUUCAAGCCCAUGGUGGCCCCUAGAAUGGGAGUGCAGCUGAAACCUCCAGCUCUUAGGCCAAAACCUAUUGUUCUUCCAAAAACAAAUCCUAGCAUAGGGCCUUCCCCUCCUUCCCAGGGUCCAGCCGACAAAUCUUGCACAAUGUAGACAGCUCAGCCACCCACAGUGCCCAGCUGGGCUAUGCAAGGGAAAAGGAUGGAUUAACGAUAGAAGUCAGGACUCCAUAACAGCGUUUGUUCAUGUUCGUGACUGGAGAGGCUUUGUUUUUCAGUGUGUUUGAAUGUAUAGUCUGAAACUAGCUACAUUAACAUGGGCAUUUGUAUUUUGUAUGGUUUCAAUUAAAAGAAAAACUGGACAAUUGUGCAUCAUUUUAAAAAACAAACAUAGACUUACUUGAAAACUUGAUGCUGCACCAUUUGUAACAAAAACAACAUGGAUCA